AUGUUUGUGCUGAUCAAUGUGACGGACAAUCCGUGGCUAGUGGCGCUGCUGCUGUUCGUGCAAGUGGUGAUGCCGUUGCUGCAGAGCAAUGCCGCCGACAACGAGGGGGUGUCGCUCGCACUGAACGUCGCGCUGCUGUUUUUGCUCGCGCUGUCGUGUCUGACCUUUUGGAAAGUCGCGCAGUUCUGUCGCGUUCUCUAUCAGCUCCGCGGACAGCAUUCCGAGAUGGGGUGGCCCGCGUUCUUCCGCGAGGCCUACGCGCGGGCGGCGCACGUCGCCCAACAGCGAGAAGCGCAUCUCUACAAUCGAGCGACGCAGGAGGACGUGCGUUCCGAGUCGUUCAAUCGCACGCUGCGCACGGUCCAAGCCAUGCCUACAGAGGAGUUCAAGACGCCGGAAGAGCUGGCGAAAGCCAGUAUUGCCGACUUGAAGCAGCGACUCGCGCGUCGCGACGUGGACGUUACUGGAUGUGUCGAGCGCCAAGAACUGGUGAAGCUCUUGGUCGAGUUCAGGGGCGGGCCAUCGAAUAACGACACGUGCUGCAUCUGCUGCGACGAGUACCAGACCGGCGACGUCUUGCGUCUGCUUCGCAAGUGCAAGCACGAGUUCCACCUCGAGUGCCUCGACAAGUGGGCGUUCACGUCGGCAAACUCGCAGCGAGCGCCGUCGUGUCCGCUUUGCACGCAACGAUUGGAGUAG